AUGUAUAAUUUUAGUGUCACAUUGAACAAAGUCCAAGAUCAUGCACAUACCAGCUGGGCUUUUCAACGACUUCUUCUUGUAAAUGAAUAUUCAAGAAAAUCUCCAUUACCUCCACCAUUCAAUCUUAUCCAUUAUAUUUGUAAGGGUCUUUGGAAAAUAUUUAAUUCCUGUCGUAAAGAAAAUUUUAAUAACAAUAUUUAUGGUUCAUUAGAUAAUAGUAGUGGAUUAGAUUGUAAUCUCUAUGAUACUAUUUUAUUUAAUGCUAUAGAUCAAGUUAAAAUUUGCGGUUAUGUGACGGAAGUUUCCGUUAAUUUUUCAACAAAACCUACUGCUAACCAGCCGAAAAUAUGGCUUUUUACUAUUCAAAAUACAAAUAUCGGUACACAUCCAAAUACUUUUCAAAUUAUUGAAAAAAAAAUGAUACCAUUAGCUGAUAUACAAUUAGAAUCGGGCAUACAAACAUUCACUCAACUUCAUAUUCCUAUUCGAGCCAAACAAUAUUUAGCGAUUCGAUUUUCAACAGGUUCUGGAAAUCCAUUUAGUACAGAACGUAAUCAAUAUUAUAGUUAUUUUACUGACGAACCUUAUCGAAAUCAAAAGAUAUUCUUUUCGAAUUCUCCCACUACAGGAAUUACAAUGAGCUUUAAUGUUGGAUCAUCACCAGGCAAGUUCAGAUUAUUAUUCUUAAAAAUUCAGUUUGUAUGA